AUGCCAGGACUCACCAUUGGAGACACGAUCCCAAACCUUGAAGCUGAAAGCACGCAUGGAAAGAUCAAGCUCUACGACCAGUUCGGUGAAGCUAAGUUUUCUGUACCGGCGAGCACCGGGCGAAACAUGGAUGAGGUGGUGACGGUGUUGGAGUCGCUGCAGAAGGCGAACAAGCACAAGGUUGCAACCUCGGCGAACUGGAAGUCGGGGGAUCCCAUGAUCAUUUCACCCUUGGUGUCUCAGGACAAGGCCAAGAAGAUGUUCCCUCAGGGCUACAAGACCAUGGACCUCGCAUCCAAGAAGGAGUACCUUCGCUUCACAGAUGUUUGA